AUGGAGCUGUACGCGAUCCUGUUCGUGAUCGUGGUGUGCACGGUGGGGGUCCUAACCCGCGGCGUAUCUCCUCCAGAGAAACACUCCCUGUUCUACAUUUACAGCGCCCUCAACAAAGACGUGUCUCUACCAGGAAUCCACCAGUUCACAGCUCUGGGGCUGCUGGAUGACCGAGAGAUCGACUACUACAACAGUAAGGAGCAGAAGAAGAUUCCUAAACAGAGCUGGAUGAUGGAGAAGAUGCAGGAAGAUUACUGGGAAAAAGGAACCCAGUCUCGCAAGAGUAAAGAACAGUGGUUCAAGGUCAACAUGGAUAUUCUGAUGAAGAGGAUGAACCACAGUAACACUGAUCUUCAUGUUCUUCAGUGGAGACACGGCUGUGAGAUCGAUGAGUCCAAUGGAGAGGUGAAGUUUCUGAACGGGAUUGAUCAGUACAGUUAUGAUGGAUCAGAUUUUCUCUCCUUUGAUAAUUCGCACAGGGUCUGGGUCGCUCCGGUUCCAGCUGCAGAAGAAACCAAGAGGAAAUGGGAUGGUGUGGCCAUCCUGAACCAGUACACCCAGGGCUACCUGGAGAAAGAGUGUGUGGACUGGCUCACCAAAUUCAUGGAGUACGGAAAAGAAACACUACGAAAACACUCUCCACCAGCACUUUACAUGUUUGCAAAAAGAUCCAGGAUUGCCCCAGGAAAGUUAACCCUGACCUGCCUGGCCACGGGCUUCUACCCCAAAGACGUGGUGAUGACUAUAAGGAAGUCCGGCACUGCCAUUCCUGAACAUCUAGUCACAUCCUCUGGAGUCAGACCCAAUGAGGAUGCGACCUUCCAGAUGAGGAAGAUUGUGGACAUUCCGGAGAAGGAAAAUGUCCAAUACGACUGUUCUUUUACUCACAGCUCCCUCAAGGAACCAAAAAUCGUACAAUGGGGUGAGGCGCCCGAUACAACACCGGUCGCUGUGAUUGUUAUUGUAGCACUUCUGAUUACGGCUGGAGUGUUGUGUGUCAUCUUUGUUCUUAAAAAAAGGAAUAUAAUAGGUGCAGGUUGUCUUAAUGGAGAAGAUUCGGACAACAGUGAAUAUUCUUUAGCUCCUACAGGUAAUGAUUUUACUAGAAACUUCAGUGAGUAAAGCACUUCCAUUUAUUUACAGUAAGCUCAGAUUCCCAAAUUUCUCCAGCACUAAGGCUGGAGCAUUA